GAGAGGAGAAACUCUCGGUGGAUGACAUGGUGACGUCAAGAUGGCUUGUUGCUUGGCGGCAAGCCACUGAGAUCGAUAUACGCGUGGUUUACCCCCCAUUCUUCCCGUAAUUUUCCGCAAGUAAUUUCCCCGGAAUCCCCAAAUCCCCGGAUAAAGACUAUCGAUCAAAAAUUUCCGCGAGGAACUCCAGAAAUUCACCGAGCAGCCGGAAAUUUCACCUCAAUGAGGAAAAAAAGUCAACGUCCAUCCUAACUUGCGUAUUGCGAAACGUAUAAUUGAAAACGAAAAAAAGGUACAGAUGCCAUACAUUCUGGUACGUGGUAACCUUGCGUCCUACAGUCACAGGUAUCCCUGGAGAGUACUCGUUUCUGGUUUAAAAGCAUCGGACAUUGAACAAUUGACUCGUUUUGCGUCUGGUGGCUACUGCGACGACUCGACAAUAGUAUACCUCCAACAUCCCUGUGUAAUACUAACGGCACUCGAGGUGCUCGGAUAUAAGGUUGUUGCUUCAUCCAGUACGAGUGUUAAACAGGAUUACAAUGAGUACAUGUGGACUAUGAGAAAAGAUUUCUCCGAGCCCGAGCCAGAGCCCAUUGUUAAGCCAGAAAAAUUGACAUUGACAAAAUUUUGAUAGAGAAAUAUCCAUUACUGCCGUAUUAGAUCUAUUUCAUUGUUGAACUUGUUGACAAUUUUCCCACUUGUCGUAAGAGACUAAUUGAGGUAAUUAACGUGAGCAAAAAUGAAAAAUUUGAAAGACACGCUUUAUGUUAUUCGUACAUGAUUAUUUCCACAUUAAAAAUUUACUUAAUUAGUUUACUCAACUAGCCGUAAUUGAAUAGAUUUUAAAAACAGUACGAGUCGUGAAUAUUUCA